CUGUAUUUCUCCUUCAGACUUGCAGCAGGACGAUGCCUGAAGCGGAUAUAACGUACGCUGAUGUGAAGUUCAUACGACCGAGGUCCAGAGAUAAUGUUGCAUCAGAAGACAUCACUUACUCUGAGGUCAAGAUCUCAAACAACCAGAAACCAGCAAAUAUCCAACAAGCUGGGUCCAGCUGGAGGUCAAAGGUCACCUCAGAGCGACUGGUUCUGCUGGUUCUCAUUGCGCUGUUGGUAGCUGCUCUCAUUGCUCUUGGAUUCACAUUGUUUGAUAAGAUUCAGAUGAAUCAAACAGUCCAAUCCCUGAAAGAGGAGAAUGAAGCCCUGAGGAAAAAUCAGUCAGAAAUAAAACCUAAGAAUGCAAGUUCUACACCCACAUGUCCACCACCUCCAACAUUUCCAAAGCCUCAAACAUGUCCUCCAUCUCUCGGGGUAAAAUAUCAGAGCUGUCCCAGUGUCCCCAUGAUGAGACGCCCACAGAGCUGUGAAGAAGGUGAAGCUGCUGCCUCUCAACAUAAAAACCCAGACAGAACCUCCAAGCUGCUAUCAGAGAGAGUGGUUCUGGGCUCCUUGCUGGCUGCUGCUCUCAUCAUCGUCUUCAGACUCUCGACUCAUUUUGUGCAAACAAAGAAGAACCUGCAGAAUCUGACUGAGGAGAAUGAAGUCCUGAGGAGAAAACUUGCAGUGUUUGAAGACGGGCCAUCCUGUGAGAACAGCUGGGUCCAGUUUGAAGGAACAUGUUAUUACUUUUCCACGAACCAGUUUUCCUGGGAGGAGAGCAGGAGUAGAUGCAGGGAAGCAGGAGCAGAUCUGGUUAAGGUCGACAGCAGAGAGGAGCAGCAUUUCGUGAGGAGCCACCUGAAUGGGAAAAUGAAGAGCUUCAACGACAUGUUCUGGAUCGGACUGACGGACUCGAUGGAGGAGGGGAGAUGGUUUUGGGUGGACGGCUCAGAACUCAGUGAAAGUUUGUGGUUUUGGAGCAAACAGGAGCCGGAUAACUGGACUGAGGAGAACCCAGCAGGAGAGGACUGUGUGAGGAUGGGGAUGGAAGGAGGAGGAGGACCGAUGAACAACUGGUACGACAAGAACUGCGGCGCUGCUCAGAAGAGGAUCUGUGAAAAAAAGUCUGAGAGACGAGAAAAAUAAAUAAAAUCCAAGAGAUUAUUUUCAAAUAAAGAUUAAAUAUGAUAGAAAUGUUUCAUCAAA